AGACUGGGUGCGUGCCAGCCAGAGGUUGGGGCGCCUGUUCCCCUGAUGUCCUGUGGAGAAGGGGGUCCUUGUCCCGAAGUCGCUGAGGCUUUGAGCACAGCGGCUGCCCACCAUGGGUGCAGGAUGCUAUGCAAGCCUGGUUUCCCCAUGACCCCAUGACCCCGGGGCAGCAGAUGGGGGACCUGGCCUUCACACUUUGGGUUGAACAGGCCCCAUAACUUCAGGGUAGUGGAUGUGGCAAGUCGUGGACACUGAUGGGGAGAUGGAGGGAGGCUGGGGCUCAAGGGACAGUGAGGGCCCGUCCCAGCUGGUCUUCAGAGGUGGCCCAGUGGAGAGCAGACGCCAGUGGCGGGCAUCGUCUUCUGCUGACCAUCAAAGCGAAAACGAAGCCCCUUCUGGGGAGUCCAGGGGACGGUGAAGGAGAAUGCCUCCAGGUGUGAGCACUCUGUUUUGGAAAACCUGUCAGGUGCCUUCAUGACAACCAUUCAGGAAAGGGAUUACUAGCCCAUUUGACAGAUGGAGAAACUGAGGCUCAGAAAAGGAAAGCACUUUGCCCAAGGCCACAGAGCUGGCAAACUCGGGAUUCAGAGGCAGCUCUCUCUCUCCCGACAGAACCUUUCUCUUUCCCCAGCUGAGGGCUAGGUGGGGGUGGGUGGGUGUUGCUGGCGGGAACACAGGACACAUACAGGCCCAGCCGGCCAAUUUCAGUUCAGAUUCCUCACCUUCCUCACUGGGCUCCAGCCAUCCUGGUGUCCCCCCUGCCCAGGGUCUUGGCACUGGUGGUUUUCUGCCCUCUGCAGAUACCUGGCAGCCAAGCUCCCCCCAUCUCCUUCCUCCUUUCCUCAAAUGUCAGUGUUUCCAUGAAACCUGUCCAGAGCACAGUAUUACGUGGCAGCCCCGCCCCACUCCCUAUUUCCUUUCCCAGGCACUUCGCGCCAACUGACAGGCUGGCUAGUUCCCUAGUUUGUUACUCUGCAUCCCUCGCAGCAGUGCGAGCUCCACAAGGACAAGCUUUGAGCUUCUUCCGUCUCUGAUGCUCCCCAGAGCCUAGAACAGUGCCUGCCAUGCAGCCGGUGUUCUACAAGGAUUUGCAGAAGAGAGGGAAGGAGUGAGGGAGGAGCCGAACUCAUGGACACGGGGCCUGAGAGGACACAGUCCACCUCCAUUUCAGGGAGGUCUUCACAGAGGAGGGGUCAUUUGGGCUGGGGGGCAAGUUCGAAUACAACCUUCUUGGGGAUAGGAGAGGUGCAUGAGGAAGACUCACCUGGAGGGGACCAGCUGGGCGAGCAUCAGGGGCAGGGAGACAACUAGGGCGCAUCCCCCUUGGUCUAGACCAGAGGCAGUAAUGUCUGAACAAGGAGAGAGGAGCAGAGAGCACCCCUUGAUCAGACUGCCCAUCGUGGGCAGCCCCAUCGGUCAGGGCAGCAGGGGUGUAUGCUGCCCAGUGUUUUCUGUCCUUCCAGGGUCUGGUGAGAAGGCGUUCGAGGGGCCAAAGCAACUGAUGGUGGGGUCUGGAGAGUUUCAGUUCAUUAACUGUACUGCCAGUUGUACGGACCCCAAGAGACUUGUUCUGGAGACAGCCCUAAACAAGACUCUCCUGGAGAGCCAGACUCAGUGGAAGCUGUUCAAGGUCUACAACAUCUCCAAGGAUGAGGAGCUCCUGUGCAGUUCCACCUGCGGCGGCAAGCAGGAGACGAAAGUUUUCCACAUCACCGUGUUCUACCCUCCAAAGCAAGUGCUGCUGACGCUGUCGCCCACCACAGUGGCCGUAGGGACACUGUUCACCAUCGAGUGCAGGGUCCCUGCUGUGGCCCCCCUCGAAUGCCUCAAUGUCACCCUGCUCCGUGGUACUGAGAUCUUGUGCAAUCAGACCUUUGUGGGGACAACACUUUCCCCCCAAGAUGCCGUGGUCACCCACAACACCACAGCUCACAGGGAAGAUGGCCUCUAUAACUUCUCAUGCGAGGCCCAGAUGGACAUGCGCUCUUGCGGCGGUGGCCUCGUCCACAGGGUCUCAGAUCCCCAGAGGCUUGAAGUCAAAGAGCCCGUGCCCAACAACCAGAUGAGGACCAUCAUCAUUAUCGUGGUAGUCCUGCUGGUCUUAUUGGUGACAUCCGUCCUCCUGUACCGGUACUGGUGGCGGCCACGUCACAACUGAGUGCACGCCGCUAAGAGGAGGCUGAUAGGGAGCCACUGGGCACCGCCUCUAUGAGCGGCGUGGCCACUGGCACGGCGGCCACUGGAACUCACUGUGGCUCCUUAGGGUGCGGUCCAGGCCUGGCUGGGGGACCAAGGCAAACAGCCUGAAUACAAACACCUGGACUUAACCCUGUGCCUUUGUGUCUCCUCCUGGGAAUGGCCAGGAAGGGGAGCCACCAGGCCUGGCUGAACUUCUGUCUCCAAACGUCUCCUCUGCCCCCUCUGCCCUCUCCUUCGGAGGCCUUCUGGAGCCCCAGCAAACCCAGGCCCUGGCGUGCCCCCAGGCCGACUGGCCCGGGCACCAGGCACCCAGCCUCAUGGGACCCUGAGAGGCCGCUUCCUCCUGACGGAGGGCGGGGAGACCCGCCUGGCCCAGAGGGGCAGAGAGACACUCUGUUCCCACGUGGCCCUCCAGGACGUGGCUCUGGCUUCUGUCUUCUGCCAACAGAGCCAGCACCAGGGGUGAGUAUGGGGGCCCAGUGGCUGGGCUCCGGGAACCUCCCUGCCAGGCCUCCCCCAUCACUCUGGGCCUUCGGAGAGCCAUGGAAACAAAAGCAGUCCUCGCCUGUUACCUCCAGUUCUGUUAUUGGGCUAAAUGGAGACGCCGCAGUCCUGGUCAUCCAGAGAGAGGGGAAGGGGAGGAGGUCGAGGGAGGGCUCCGUCGCCCAGGCCUCUGCCAGCCGUGGCAGCAAUCAACGGGACAGGGUUGGCAUUUGUGGCUUCUGGGGCCUGGACGGGGCCCUAAGGGGCUCUCACCCGGAUCAGAGAUCAGGUUGGUUUAAGGCCUCCGUGUGGUGGGAGACGGGACUCACUCACCCCGGGGAGAGGGCCUGGUGGGAGAUGGGAGGGUAAGAAGGGUUGCCAGGUGUAGAAAGGGGCUGUUCGGCAUGAGAGGGACACGGGGGCUCCAGGGCUGUUUGCAGCUCCGUGAUGAAGCUGGCGCGGGCUCCAGGGCUGAUGUCUGUUUUCAUGUCUUGAGACUCUCAGCAUCAUAGUAGUGAGAGAGUCAGUUCCUAGGCAGCUUGAUAAGAAGUCUGGGGUCCCCAGGGAGGAGGAGAAAGGGACCUGGA